AUUUGUUCUCACAAUAAUACAUGCAUUUCGAUCAUUAAUAACAAUCUACUAUAAAUAAUGGAAUUUAUAGUUUAUGGUAAGGAAUUGAUGAGGAAGAGUCAAAAAGAGAGAAAAAAAAAUAAUAAAAGCAAGCUCAUAUUUAAUUUUCUGAAUUAGCAGAUAAGUAAAAAAAAAGAAAAUAAAAUUUGGAUAUUUAGAAGAAAAAGAAAGGAAAGUAAUUAGAUAAUAUUUAAAAAAAUGAUAAUGAAUUAGAAUAAUAAGAGUAAAUAUAAGUAUAUAUAUAUUUUUGAAUUUAAAAGGAAUAAAAAUAUGAAACAAAGCCAUAAUUUGUUUUAUUAGUAAAACCAAAUAAAGAGGAGAUAUAAAUAGAUUUGUAAUAAUAUAUAGAUGAAUAAGUAAUAAUAUGAAAUAAUUGAAUAUAGUAUUUAAUAAAAGAAGAUAAAUCAAAGAUUUGUAGUUUUAAGUAGGAGAGUGACUUUGGACAUACUGAAUAUAAAUUAAGAUUGGUAGAUCCUGAUCCAAAAAGAUUAACUCAUUUGACAACUUAAAUGAAUUUUAGAUUAUCUGAAGGAAAUGGAAUGGCAUAUUAUAAAAUUGGUGUAGAAGAUAGUGGUAAUCCUUUAGGUUUAAAUAAAUCUGAUAUGCUUGGAUCAUUGAAAACACUUUGUUUAAUGGCUUAAUCUUUAAAAGCUGAAUUAAUAGUUGUAGGUAUAAAUGAAGGUACAAAUGGAAAAACAUGUGAAGUAAUCGUUAGAAAAGGUUUAAAAGAUGGAAUAAAUUUGGAUAUAAGAAUAUUACUUUUAGGUGAAAGUGGAUCUGGGAAAACAUCACUUUUAGGAGUACUUAGUACUGGUUCAUUGGAUAAUGGAUAAGGAUUAGCAAGAAUGAAAUUUUUAAAAAAUAGAUCAGAAAUUACUUCUGGAAAAACAGAAAGAGUGAGUCAUACUGUAAUAGGUUUCGAUAGUGAAGGCAAAAUUAUGAAUCAUUAAAAUUAAUUAAACUUUAGUCCAACUUGUAUGGUUGAAAAAUUAGUUGAUUUGUCUACUAAAUUAAUUACAUUUAUUGAUAUGGGUGGUACUAAAAGAGCACAUAAUCAAAUGAUUUAAAUUAUUAACUCUCAAUUUCCAGAUUAUGCUUUAUUAACCAUAUCUUCAUUAUAAUAAAUUGGAAAACCUACUAUGGAUUUCCUUAAAUUAAUUUAAAUUCAAUAAAUUCCUUUUAUGAUUGCUAUAACUCAUGUAGAUCAAAUUACAGAACAUUAUUAUGCAGAAAUUAUUGAAUAAUUAAAAGAUAUGAUUAAAAGUCUCUAAAUUUAAAGUGUUCCUAUUGUUGUUCGUACAGAAGAAGAUGUUGUCUUAUUUAGUAAAUAAAUUUUAAGCAAAACUUUAAUUCCAAUAUUCUUAAUAUCAAAUUUAAAAUUAAGAACUUUAGAUUAUUUUAUUAAAUUCUUAAAUUUAUUACCUUCUACAAAUGAAUUAACAAAUAAUUCAAAUUUAGACACAGAAUAUUGUAUUCAUAAUGUUUUUGAAAUUAAUAACCAAAAAGUACUUGGUGGUACAGUUCUUAAAGGAAUUAUUAGAGUCAAAUAAAUACUAUAAAUGGGACCAGAUAAAAAUGGACGCUUUUUCCCUAUUGAAAUUGAAGAAAUUUAAUGCAAUAGAGUUCAAGUAAUAUUUAAAUUAAAUAUAGGUCAAAUCUGCUUAAUGUGGAUAAAUAUGUACAAUUAGGUUUAAAUAAAGUAAUCUUACUUAAUAAUUUGGAUCAGAUUAGAAUCCUAUUAGACGUGGAAUGGUUUUAAUUGAAGGUAAAAGCAAUCCUUAAGCUGCUUGGGAUUUUUUAGCUGAAAUUUGGUUAUUUGAUGAUUAAAAAGAUGCCAAAAAAAUUGCUGUUAGUUUUGAACCUGUUAUAAACACUUAAUGUACUAGGUAUUUUAUUUAUUUCUAUUAUUAGAUAAAUUUGUAAGAUUAUUAGAGAAGAAUAAUUGUAGUUUGAACCUUUAACAUUAAGAAAAAAAUAAUCAAAAUCUAUUGAUGAAUCUUGCAUGUAAAAAUCUGAAACUCCUUAAUCAAGAGUAUCUUUUAGAAAAUAAAGUGAAUAACUUAAGAAAGCUAACAGUUCAAAUAAUCUAAACAAAUAAUCAUAUAGAAGUCCUCGUAGAAAAGGUAGCAGUUAAAUUAAAUCUUAUACAAGUGAAGAAGAUUAAAAAAAAAAAGACUUAUUUGUGAUAAAUGAAAAAAUCGAAAAAACUUAAGAAUUUAUUGAAUUAAUUCCUAAAUAACCUAAUAUAAUAAGGCUAAAAUUCAAAUAUUCCCCUGAAUAUAUUACAAAAGGAAUGAAAUUGAUUAUAAAUGAUAAUGGAUUACAGGCUUGGGGUUUUAUAAAAUACAUAAAUUAUUGA